CGGAAAAGCAAAUGAUGCCAAACUAAGGAAUCCACAAACAGUUUUGGGGGAGUUCAGCGUGGUCGGUGUGCUGGGCCCGUGCAGGAGGAUGUGCGCAGAUUUACAAACAGUAGGAAUAACAAUGGAAAAGUUGUGUUUGUGAGGAGGUUGGCUGGGGAAGUUUUUGGCCAAAAAACCCCAGUUUCGCCUUUCUUUCUUGCACGGAUUCGGUUUCGGCAUUCGAUCAAAUAUGUAAGUUUUUGAUCAAGAGGUCUGCCCUCACCUUUCCCUCCCCCCCCACUGCCUAGUCGUUUUAUACAUCAAGGAGCCGCUUGGUGUUUUACAAACGGCUUAAAUGCAAAAGUGGUUGUUGUUUGGUGUUGGUUGAACUGUAAGAAGAGGGGAGAGAAGAGGAAUGGAGCAACAACUAGAAAAGGAGCUUUGAAGUGUAACAAAGAAAAGACAUGAACAAUGGCAGAAGGAAAAAAGAAGAAUGCGGCCGCGUAUCGCAGCGUCUCUUUCAAAAAGUUGGGCUCCAGUAGGAGUGAGGAGCAGCAACAGAAAUCAGAGGGUUCGGAGUCUGUCGGCGUCGCCCUCCCCCCGGAGCCCAGCCGAGCAGAACAGUCCUGGGCGACGCGUAAUGUCAGUGUGUCAAGAAAAGUUUCCAAAAUCUCCGCCACCGCAACCGCAGAGCCAAAGAGAGGCUCCUCCGCUCUUCCCUCCUCUAUUUCUCCAUCCAUUCGCCAGCUCACGGAGAAGUUCAACAGCAGCAGCAGUAAGAGGAGCGGCGGAGCCACCAGGACGCAACACGCCUCACCGGGAGACGGUGCAGCGCCUACGCGGGGGAGCAGCACUCUACCCCGGGCCCGAGGCGACAGGAUAGACGGAUCUCCAACUCGUAAAUCUUUCCACGAAGACAGCGGUGAGGGAUGUUUCUUGGAGAGCGACCCAACCACCGCAGAAUCUCUCUCGGACAGCAGAUCGCUAAAGUUUCACUCUGGCACCGAUUCUGUGUCGGGUUCAGAUUCGGAGAAGUGGAUUUUUAGGCGUUUCUCAGCUGAGAGCUGCAAGUCUGGUAAGAGAGAUUAUUCUCAGAUUUCUGCCGCUGAUCUUAGAAAGAGUUUGACUACAGAUGAGGAAGAGGAUGUUGGUUGUAAAGAGGCUUCACUACCUUGCAAACCCCACAGAAGUUAUCGCCACAUCCCCACGCAUUCUGAAAGGUGGCCCAGUGUUACCAAAAUCAGACAACUUUUCGAUGAGAAAGCUUCGCAACUACUCAAAACUGACACAUGUGAGAGCUUAAAGGCAGCGGGCAGAGGCUAUUUACAUGACUCCAGCUACAUUGAAAGUGACAAGCAGUCAGUAUGCAUUUCUGUCUUUGAUAAAUUCGCAUCUGGAGAAGAAAGCAGGGAAACUAGCUCUGCUAAAGACACUUUUUGUUAUUGUGUGGACAUUUAUUUCAAAACUGAACAUCCCCAUCCCUCAAAUGACGAGGAAGGAGAUAUAGAAAAUUCUGAAUUGUCUUCCAGAAGUCAUUUUCACACUGAGUGUAAUUAUCACAGGAAUAAUUCGUCUACAUGCAGAUUUCAUAGUACCAGUGCUGAGGCAGAAGCUACCUGUAAGUUCCCCAGAAAAGCUGGAUCGACGCCUGACCCUAAACCUGACCUUCAACCCUGUGCUGCUCCGUCUUCGAGGCGAUCAGUGGGCUUAGACACCUCCUCCUGCUGCUCCUCUCUACAGCAGCCGACAGAGAGGGAGAGAAGGGAUAUACAGGGGGUCGGGCUGCCCAGGGAUAGUUUACAUUCCUCACAUAGUUCUUCUAGAGCACCAGCCCCCACCACCUCCUCCAUCUCCUCUACUCCAGCUCCAGAUAAAGCCAUUACCUCCUAUUCCUCUACUAUAGCUCCCCCCUCUGAGUCAGGAGCCUCUACAAAAGUUAGCUCUCCUCUCAGCUUCCAUUGGAAGUUAAGCUCUGGAGACGAAGAAGAGGUGCACAGCAGGAGAAAGAGAGGAGGGGCUUGGAGUUAUCCCACAUGUCCUGCUUCCUCUGUCACUUGCAGGGGAGGGGAAAGGAGUGCCACUGAGCGAGGGGGCAGCUAUUUAUCCCGCAAUAAAAAUGGCCGUUGGGGUGCAAAGGUCAUUGGCAGGUCCUCAGGCAGCGAGGAGGACAGCCCUGCUUCUAUAGGCCCCCACUGUAGAGAGGCAGUGCGCCGUCGCUCUCUAAGAAAAAAGAAGAAGAUCAGUGGGGCUGCUCUAGCAGCAGGCCGUGAUGAUUACAAUGAUCAGUAUGGUGAAUCAGAAGGCAGUGACAGUGAUCCAGCCCUGACCAUGGAUCACACAGAGAGGCAGCAGCAAAACACUGGAGAAGUUACAGGGAUGAUACAUCGGAGCCACUCGGCUCGAGAACCUGGUGGCCGUAGCAAUAAAGCCAGGGUGCAGCACUGGGAACGCCUUUCCUCGCCUACUAUGUCCACCACACUUCCUGCUGUAUCACGAGUGUCAAAGGUGAAGAUACCCCCUUUUGUUUCUAGUCCUGGUGAUUCAUGCUGCAGUAGCAGAUACUCCAGUACUGAGACUCUAAAAGAAGAGGACCAGGGGGAUGAUGGCAGCUGUGGAGCUAAUAUGCUCUUUAACACCAGUGGAUCACAAGGCAGAACAAGCAGAGCUGCUUCGUCAUCUAUGUUGAGUAAAACUUACCAUGGAAAUUUCACCAUGUACCGGUCCCCCAGCUUUGGACAUGGAGACAACUUCUCCCGGGCACCUGUCCGAGUGCAUCCCAAAAUCUUGCCAACAGUAACCUUCAUACCAAGUGUAACGCCCAGAGAAAGUGGAGGAUCUUCAGGAGUAAGAGGUCUUGACACUGUUGUACUAAGGAAAACAACAGGGAGAGAGGCUGCAAAUAAGGCUAACAAAAUUUCUACGUCCAACCCCGAUAUUGCAUCAGAAACUAUGACUCUCUUAAACUCACUGAAAAAUGACGUGCCAAAACUCAAAAUGCGAAGACCAAGUGGAGGGGACCGAAACAGGGCUGGGGAGUGUUCGUCGGAGUACAGCAGGGACUUGGGCCCUCUAAGUGGGACCGUUUUACCUUCGGGUCACCGCCCUUCACUGAAAGACCUCACAGCCACUCUAAGGCGCACAAAAUCAUUCACCUAUUCGGACAAAAUAACAACAGGUGCAAGAUCUUAUUUGACAGGUGGCACAACAAAGAGGAGUUCCUCUGAGCAGCAGCUUGACUUGGAUGAUGAGAAGACUGAGGGUAGGGUGGUGGUGUCAGACAGAGAAGUAGAAAGUGAUGGUGGGGAUUUUCGAUUUGGGCAAAAUCUUAGGACUUAUGGACUAAAGGAUGAGGAUGACAAUGGAGAAGUGAUGCCAACUCCACUAGAGGAGAGAUGUGUGCAGGAAGCCAGGCAGGUCAUCCAAGAUAUCUGCCAGAUGUGCAGUAGGGAUGAUGAUGAUGAUGAUUUAGCUUUAAUGUCGUCUGAUAGUAUUUUGGGGAAUGAAGGUUUACAGGUCAAGCAAACAGAUGAAAGGAAGAAAAAUACAGGAGGCAUUAAAGAUCAGAUGAGCACAGCUCAAGAGUCUGAGAACACAAAAGACAAAAAUAAACAUGAGCAGGAGAGAGAGAGCAAGGAGAGAGAGAGAAGUGAACAAAGUAUGCAGCUGGAGAAACUAAACAGUAGGGGUACCGACUGCUGGGAGAAGUCCAACAGGCAGACCAGAGAGAUUGAGAGAUCAUUACUGAAGGGGGACUCGGAGGAAAGUAUGCUCUAUGACCGCUCCAUGGAUGAGCUUUCAGGCCAUGACUCCAGCUUAACAGAUGAGGGGAUUGUGACAGAGCCAGAGUCGGGUCCCCCUGACCUCUCAGUGAGAUCUUUCCUGGGAUCAGCUGGGGUUAAUUUAGGGUCAAGAGUAGCAAAAGAUGUUCUAGGGCAGCCACUGACUGGAUGGAAGCAGUCAGCUCUUCAUGAGAUGGAAAGCUUCAAACAGGAGGAAAAAACAAUGCCAGAGAGCAGCUUGAACUGUACAAACCAUCUAAAUGAAACUCGUUUUCCGCAGUCUUUGACCUAUCCAGUAUGUACGGCUCAAACUGACAACCGUAUUGUGGAUAUGAGUGCUACUACUUUUAUGAACAAACUUAACAAUGAGGGAAUCAACACCAGCAGUGCGGUGUCAACGGGAUUCACAUCAGCUGCAGCAUCAGGAGAAGGAGGAUUUGAAUCUCCUGCAACCCCAAGUGCAGUCCGCCGAAGGCGCAAAUUCUCUCCUUCUGGUAACAACAACACAGGGUCCGAUUCCAGUAAUGGAAGUCAUGCAGAGUCAACAAUAGCAGCUGUAGGAAAUGGUGAGUCCACUGUCUAUCGCUCUCUUAGUGACCCCAUGCCUCAGCGGUGCUGUUCUCUCGCGGAAAAAGGAAGCAACAAUUUUUCUUCAGUCGACAGCAACCUUUUGGGCUCCCUGUCUGUCAAGGGGGGUGCUUCUCCUGAAGCCUCUGUUGCAUCUACUCUAUCAGAAUACAAAGGCAGCGUGGCAAGUGAUUUGUCUGUUUACAGUGACGGCGGUUUACGUGAUGACGGUAUUCAGGAUUACAGCAGGGUCAUCAGGAACAUUGUAGCCGAACCAGGUGCAAUGGACAGGUUGAUCACAGAUGAUCAUGGCAACGGCAAGGCCCCCAAGAAGAAGUCUUUUAGUGACCCCAGUCGCCGUAGUGAGGCCCCUCCAGUGUCCCAAACUGACCCUCAAACUGGCAGCACACAUCAGGUCAGUGAGUUGGAUCAAUCUGGACAGAUUCCACCUUCUAGCAGUGAACCAAUCCUAAGUGAGCAGAGAGAAGAACUUUGGGAUUUAGAGUCUAACCGCACACAACUGCUUCAGGCCAAGAUUGCUGCCUCCAAGUCAGAAUGCAGUGCUGUUUCUGAUAACCCCGAUGAGGAAGAUGAUUCAAUAGACCACUAUCAAAAGGAGAAGUUUAACUUAGAUCUCAAGCUUGCUGAGGUUCUAUCUCCUAGAACAACACGUCGACUGGCUAAGAAACGUCCCAGCAAGUUACAAUCUUUUCCUGACAAUGUCCAAUUUCAUCCCAUUGAAAUGGGUUCAGAGGACCAGGAGGAGCACAGCAACCAAAGUAAGCUAAUAUCAUCUCUUCCUGCAUCACCACUGAAAUCCAAAUCCAAAACUAAACCCAAGCACAUUCGCAACGCCAGUGAACCCGCCGCCUUCAUUCCAAUCUCCCCACCUGCACAGCUCCAACCCCUGAAGGAAGUGGACUUCCAAGCAGUAACUCCAAGAGAUGAGGCCCAAUCUUUGGAGGAUGUUUCACAGAAAUACAAUCUUGAGGACAUUGAGGCCAGACUUGCUUCUAUAGCAAGUAAUGGAUCUCAAGGAUUAAUUCCUGGUGCAGAAGGCUCUGGUGGGACCAGUAACAUUGGACUUACAGAAACUGGACCUCAGAAGAUUGGCACAGAGGACAAGUUGUCUGCUUCUGCUCCACAGAAGACCAAACCCAAAGUGGACAUGAGAAAGCAUGUAAUGAUGACCCUCCUGGACACAGAGCAGUCAUAUGUUGAGUCUCUACGCACUCUUAUUCAGGGCUACAUGCGUCCUCUGAAACAACCAGACGGCAGCUCCAUCGUGGACCCCCUGCUGGUGGACGAGAUGUUUUAUCAGAUCCCAGAGAUCCUGGAGCAUCACGAACAGUUCUUGGAGCAGGUUGCAGGCUGUGUCGGCCAAUGGCACGACAGGCAGACGGUGGGACACCUCCUCAUCCACUCAUUCUCCAAAGAUGCUCUCGCUGAUACGUAUUCAGCAUACAUCGACAAUUUCCUCAAUGCUAAAGAUGCAGUUAGGAUCGCAAAGGAGGCCAAACCAGCAUUUCACAAGUUUCUGGAGCAAAACAUGCGUGAGAACAAGGAGAAGCAGGCUCUGGGCGACCUGAUGAUCAAGCCGGUGCAGAGGAUUCCUCGAUACGAGCUGCUGGUUAAGGACUUGUUGAAACACACGCCAGAGGAUCAUCCAGAUCAUCCGUUUCUGCUGGACGCGCAGAAGAACAUCCACCGACUGGCAGAGAAAAUCAACAAGGGGCGUCGCUCCGCUGAGGAGGCGGAGAGGGAGGCCAGGGUUAUCCAGGAGAUUGAGGCUCACAUAGAGGGAGUUGAACAUAUUCUGAAUCCACAGAGGAAAUUCUUGAGGCAGGAAAUAGUCAUGGAGGCGAAGACUGUAGGGGGGAAGAAGGACCGAUCCCUCUUCCUCUUCAGCGAUCUGAUCAUCUGCACCACCCUCAAGAGGAAGUCUGGCUCGUUGAGGCGCAGCUCCAUGAGCCUAUACUCUGCUGCCAGUGUGAUAGAUACCUCCAGCAAAUACAAGUUUUUGUGGAAGCUUCCUUUGGAGGACGUGGAGGUGGUGAAAAGUUCUUCUCAGGCAACCAACAGAGAGAGCGUCCAGAAGAUGAUUACCCGAUUAGAUGAGGAUCUCAGCACUUUGGGUCAGAUCAGCAAACUAUCAGAGACCCUGAGCUUCCCACAUCAGUCCCUAGAUGAGGUCAUAAAAGACCUGAUGGCAUCAGUCCACAAAGAGCUCUCUGAGAAACAGUCUUUGGCCUUUAGCAUGACCUUCUUGCCCACAAAGCUGGAGUUCACAACGGCCUCGGCUGAGAGCACCUUCGUCUUUGAGUUCAGCUCGCCCGACGCUCGGUCGAGCUUCGAACAGGCCUUUGAGGAUGCCAAGAAAAAGUUGGCCAUGAACAAGGACCAGUGGGACCCAGAGUUCCUGAAGGCAAUCCCUAUUAUGAAGACCCGCAGUGGGAUGCAGUUUUCAUGUGCCUCGCCCAGCCACAGCUGUCCCGACAGUGGCUGUGAGGUUUGGGUGUGUAACAGUGAUGGAUAUGUAGGCCAGGUUUGCUUGUUGAAUAUCAAAGAUGAGCCCACGGUGGAGGCCUGCAUCGCCGUCUGCUCGGCCAGGAUCAUUUGUAUCGCUGCGGUUCCAGGACUCAAAGGAAGGGAUCGUGUGUCAGAACCUGCGCCGACCUCCGGGCCUCCUACUCAUCCCCAGCAGCAGCUCGACAUCUCCAUCUCACCUUCGACCUUGGAGCCAACGGAGCAGCCAACAGGACCAGGGGCGGAGCUUGUGCCGUUUGACAGCGAUGACUCGGACGAUGAAGAUUCACCUAGUCCUUCUUCAACCUUGCAGAGUCAGGCCAGUCACUCCACCAUAUCGUCCAGCUAUGGCAACGAUGAGGGUGUGAGCUCCAAGGACAUGGCCACGGAGACCACCAGCAGCGAGGAGGAGCAGGAGUUCCCCGUCCCGAGCUCCUAUGGUGCUCCUGGGAUGCUGGGAGUAGGCGGAGGGAGUCGCGCCCACACAGAGAGUCCCAUGGACGGCCGGGCCAUGCGCCGGUCCUCCAGGGGGUCAUUCACCCGAGCGAGUCUGGAGGAUCUGCUGAGUAUUGACCCAGAGGCGUACCAGAGCUCUGUGUGGCUGGGCACAGAAGAUGGAUGCAUACACGUGUACCAGUCCUCAGACAACAUUCGGAACCGUAAAAACAGCAUGAAGAUGCAGCACUCAGCCUCCAUCCUCUGUAUAUUGUACUUUGACAACAAAGUGUUUGUAUCAUUAGCAAAUGGAGAGGUUAUCGUCUAUCAGAGAGAAGCAGGUGAGCUAACGACUAAAAAGUGUGCAGAUGCAAUCAUUAGACAGCACAAAGCUGCCUGCCUCAGGAUCACAGCCUUGUUGGCCUGCAAGGACCUGCUGUGGAUCGGCACCAGUGCAGGAGUGGUCCUUACACUGGUGAUCCCGACAGUGAGCACAGGAACUGGUGCCGGGACUCUUAAGUCGCCUCUGGUUCCGAUCGGAUCGGCUCACGGUCACACAGGGCACGUUCGGUUUCUGACUUCAAUUGAGCUACCAGAAGGAUUUGACAUGAACUUCCCUCCAACAACAACAGACUCCACAGGCAAUCGGCCUCCGAGCAGCAGCAGCAGCGUAGACGACGGGAGCCUCCAGAGGCGAGACUCCACACACCACAGGACCUCCACACACAUCCCAGUGAAGACCAACCACCUCGUCAUUUCUGGUGGAGACGGCUACGAGGACUUUAGGCUGACCAACAGCAGUGAAACCAUCGGUCGAGAUGACAGCACCAAUCACCUGUUGCUCUGGAGAGUCUGA